AAUGGGCCGGACUUUAUGAGGGGAAGUUACAAAUUCAGAGACAGUCCUCUUUGCUUAGUGCUUUGAUUGCUGGGAGAAAAGAGCAAUUAACUCUUAAACGGGAUUAAACCGGGGCAAAGCCGUUUAGAAAGUGGAGUUUAACGCGUAAAAACGAUAAGUGGGCAGACUGCAGUACCACUACAAUCCACUGGGCGGAGACAACUCACGGCAGUUCACAUGAGCUCAUGGACUUCCCCGAGUUUAAGAGGAGAAACAAGAAGAAAAAGAGAUGCAGAGCAACAGAAGGCUUCAGCAGGCGAUUUGAAGAUGUUUACAGAGUCCAGGAUGAGGUUUUGGGAGAAGGAGCGUACGCCAUCGUGCAGACGUGUGUCAGUCGGAGUACGAGGCGAGAGUACGCAGUGAAGAUUAUCGAGAAGAGGCCAGGACUGAGCCGAAGUCGUGUUUUUAGAGAAGUGGAGAUUCUCUAUCAAUGCCAAGGCCACAGAAACAUUCUGCAGCUGGUGGAGUUUUUUGAAGAAGACGACAGGUUCUACUUGGUGUUUGAGAAGCUCAGAGGAGGUACAGUGUUGACUCAUAUCCACAGAAGGCAGCGUUUUAGUGAACAGGAAGUCAGUGCUGUGGUGCAGGACAUCGCCAGUGCUUUACACUUCCUGCACAGUAAAGGAAUGGCGCAUAGAGACCUAAAGCCAGAGAAUAUCCUCUGUGAGCACAGUGACCAGAUGUGUCCAGUGAAGAUCUGUGAUUUUGACCUGGGCAGUGGGAUGAAACUGAGCAGUGACUGUAACCUGAUCUCCAGUCCACAGCUCCUCACUCCGUGUGGCUCGGCGGAGUACAUGGCCCCCGAGAUGGUGGAGGCGUUUAACGAGGAGGUCGGCGUGUAUGAUAAACGCUGUGAUCUCUGGAGUCUCGGUGUCAUCCUCUACAUCCUGCUCAGUGGAUCUCCUCCGUUCACGGGUCACUGCGGGACCGGGUGUGGCUGGGAUCAGGGGGAGCCAUGCCAUGACUGCCAGAGCAUGCUGUUCGAGAGCAUUCAGGAAGGAGAGUAUGAGUUUCCUGAGAAGGACUGGGCUCAUGUCUCUUCCGAGGCCAAAGAUCUCGUUUCCAAACUGUUAGUGCGCGAUGCCAAACAGCGGCUCAGUGCGGACCAGGUCCUGCAACACCCAUGGGUACAGGGGCGUUCUCAAAACACAACACCCACGCUACGUUCAAGGAGGUCGAGCGUCCAGGACCUUAAGUUCUUUGCCGCUCAGGUGGUGGCCGUGAACCGUCAGCUGGAGCAGCAGGAAGUGAAGGAGGAGUUGGAGGAGAAGGAGAGAAACUCGUCUGGUGUCCGUUCCUUCCUGCUCCGCUCUGCAUCUCCGAGCUCGCCGUCUCUGUCUCGCCUCUCCGGAUCGCGGCUGGCUCAGCGGCGCAGGGAGAGCAGCCGUCACCUCCUCAGCCCUCUGCUCAUGGUCUGAGGAGGCACCCAUCAUCUCUUCAUGAGAUGAUGAGCCACGCCGGUGUGUUUAGCAGAAUCGAAUGCAUUGCUGCAGGAUUCUGUACAAAUUUGGCACUAUGGGAAUGUACAGAAACCUCAAACUGCCCAGAAGCAUGGACUUUGUAAGUGGGACUGCAGAAAUGUGCAAUAAUAAUGCUUCAUGAUGAAAUGCUCUGAAGAUUCGGUUAGCCUUCUCUCACACACACACACACACACACACACACACACACACACACACACACACACACACACACAGCACUAUGAUGGGUGUUUUAUCUGAGUUACUGUUAAUCCCUGAAAAAUAACAUCUGCUUGUCUCCUGGUGUAAUUAGGACCCUUUUUUUUUUAAAAAAAACACUCUACAUGUUUAACAACCUUUUUCUUAGUAUUUAAUAUUAAGGAGGGGGGGUGAUAUUUUUACAUCCGAUAUACUGCCAUGUACUUCAUUGCUGAGUCAGGAUUCCUCUAAAGGGGAAGAACUAAAUUCCUGGAAUAUUAUUGAAUCAAACAGCAGUUAUUUGUGCAUGUAUACUUUUUUUCAUCCUGCGCUCUAAACUUUCUAACUUUUAGUUGGGUAGAGCAGAGACUAUUUUAUUUGUGUUUAAAAAAAUUUUUUUAUUUGCACUAUUUUUGCUCUUUAAUGAUUUGGAUAUUUUUGACAAAUUCACAGCCCCCCCCCCCC